CAGAAGCUCCUCCCUUUCAGCCCACAGUGGAAAAGUGGAGAGGCACAAAAGAACAACUCUGUCUGAGUCCAUUUGUAUUUUUUAGGGAUAUAGACAUAAUAUCUGGGCUAGUGACCAAGCUACUUUUAAAAGUGCAACUCCACCACCUUUCUCUGGAUCGCCUGUUUCCUGAACACACCCCAGCGCUGCCUUUCUCCGAUCAAGCAAUCAAACUUCAACUUGUCCAUCAUCACUGACUGACAGCCCCUACAACUGCAGGAUGCCAUUAGGAGGAGGAAACAAGUGUGGCCGCUGCCAUAAGACGGUGUACUUUGCAGAAGAGGUACUUUGUGACGGAAGGAGCUUUCACAAGUCCUGCUUCCUCUGCAUGGUGUGUGGGAAGAACUUGGACAGCACGACUGUAGCUGUUCAUAUGGAUGAAGUCUACUGCAAAGGGUGCUACGGCAAGAAGUAUGGACCAAAAGGCUACGGUUAUGGCCAGGGAGCAGGGACCCUCAGUAUGGACAAGGGAGAGUCUCUAGGCAUUACACAUGAAGCACCUGCUCCACAUCAAUCAACCAGCAACCCGAACCCAUCCAAACUGGCUCAGAGGUUCGGAGGGUCGGACAAAUGCUCUCGCUGUGGCAAGGCCGUCUACGCGGCUGAGAAAGUGAUUGGAGCUGGGAAUUCAUGGCAUAAGGCUGGAUGUUUCACCUGUGCCACGUGCAAUAAGAGCCUUGAGUCAACCACACUAGCUGAUAAAGACGGGGAAAUCUACUGCAAAGCCUGUUAUGGCAAACACUUUGGCCCCAAAGGUUUUGGGUAUGGACUGGGAGCCGGGGCCCUGUCGCACACUCAGUAGAGACCUCAGGAUCUUCAGGUUCCCAGAGAGAACAGACGGCUGCUACUCAACAUGCACCUGACAGACAAAUGCUUAAUGAAAAGCUGCAUCAUAAGAUUGUACAGUGGGAAACAUCACACCAUCUCUGCCUCAUAAAGAACAAAUACAAUCAUUUGUGCUGAAACAGUCAAUCUUUAUAAAUAACCAAAGUUCAAACAUUUGUUUUCUGUUUAACGCUGCUUUCAUGAUCUGCCAUAACUGUUUUUACCUGCAAUUUACAUCUCUUUAUCAUAUUCUAUAUCAUAGAGUAAAAACUGCUUCUCUGUAUGUUAUGCUUUCCAAACAGCAUGACAAUAAAUGAGGUUGAAAUAUUUGAA